AUGACCUCCAGCAAGCUAUGCCAACGGAGCGACCUUGAGCACCCAGUGCAAUCCCUAUGGGAAACACGACACCACCUCUCCAUCCAUGCCAUCAGCAAGCCUCUCGACGUUUCUAUCAAUCAAGGGCGCCUCCGACUUCGCGCCGUCAUUGCCAAGGGUGGCUCGAGUGUUCUCUUUAAAGGACACGACGUUAACGAUGGUCGCGACUACGCCGUGAAAUGCAUGCCUCGUGGCGCGAAGAGCUCGGACACGUACGCCCGACACGCUCGGGAACGAACUCUACAACAACGCGUGGACGACCACCCAAAUAUUGUGACACUACAUCGUGCUUUCGCUCAAGGAGAGCACGCCUUCUUCGUCUACGACUUGUAUACGGGCGGCGACCUUUACAGCGCGAUCGAGCGGCGCCUCUUCGUUGGAAGAGACAAUCUUGUGCGCAACAUCUUCCUCCAACUGUGCGAUGCGGUAGCCCAUUGCCACACGCGCGGCGUAUACCACCUAGAUAUCAAGCCAGAGAAUAUCCUGUGCGACAAGCGCGCAUCGCGCGUGGCUCUCUCGGACUUUGGCUUGGCUACGACGGACCGCGAUUGCAGGUCAAGACCGCCGGGAAGCAAAGCAUACUCACCUCCGGAAUGUUUCAGACAUGACCGCGAGGGAGAACCCACAAUCCCUACUGCAGUCAGUGAUGUAUGGGCCCUUGGAGUCAUUCUCGUGAACCUCAUCACGACCGUCAAUCCGUGGCACGCUGCCAGUAUCCAGGACCCCAAGUUCGCGUCGUACGCUCAUGAUCCUCAGAGCUAUUUCGCUCCACUACGUUUGCCGGUGAAUGUUGAGGCCCUCAUCCUACGGGCACUGGCAAUCGAUCCAUACGAACGCAUCUCGACUGCCGAAAUCCGCGACACCGCGCGCAACAUCCGUGUCUUUUUCCCGGUAAAGGGAUAUGGCGAGUAG